CAGCAGAGAGUUUCGCCGUUUCGUUUCGUUUCGCUCGUUAACGCGGUUCGCUUUGUUUCGCCUGCAACGCAAGGGCAAAGCCACGAAUGGGUCUCCCUCCCUCCAUUCUCGCCAACGUUCUGAACCUCACGUAGCCGCAACCCCCCAAAAUUCGAGCACAUUUUAAUCGAUCGAUUUGAUUGGAUUUCAUGGGAGAUAGCUCCGUCUUCUUGUAGGGUUGGAUCAAGAAGGGGCUAAUUCCAUCCGGCAUUAGCCUUCUUCUUGGUUAAUUUAGUUUCUUUUUUAGUGUUUUUAUUAUUAAGGCAGUUCUUGAUUCCUCCCUCUUGAUUGAACUUCUUUCUUUGCCCUGUUUACUUACUUCCGUUUUACAUCUUCGGUGCUGUCGAUUUCUCACUGAGAUCUCUUCGUUUUUUUUUUGUUUCUUUCCAUUUGAUUUUUGCGCAUCACGGCUCAAAUUUUCGGAUGGAUGCAUUGCGUGUGCGCUCCCUCGAUAUCUGUUUGUAGACACGUUGCAUGGGUGCGUUUUCUUGGAAGAUUUGGGGCUUUAAUUGAAGCAAAGAGAGAGAGAGAGAGACAACGAUUUCAUAUCCAUCUCCUCCUGCAUUAGAAACAAAAAUUUAAUUUGGCGCAUCUAGGAAGAGACCAUAUAAGGAGGAGAAAGCAGGUUCUUUCCAUUUCUCGCACACAGAGAGAGCCAGGGCAGAUCGUACGUCCCAUUGUGUUCCUCCUGUUCUUGCCGUCGAGGGGGGGCGAGCCGAUCGAGAGCCGGCCAUGGCGAGCAGCGGCGGCGCCGGGUACAGCCGCAGCCGCAGCCUCGGCGGCGGCGGCGGCGCCGACGUGUUCGUCCGGGCGGCGGACAACGAGAUGUACGUGCGGGCGGACAAGAUCGACCUCAAGAACCUGGACGUGCAGUUCGAGAAGACGCGGUCGAGGGCGUGGCUGGAGCAGCAGCGGUCGUCGGCGUCGGCGUCGCCGCUGCCGCUGCUGGAGUGGGAGAUCGACCUCGCCAAGCUCGACAUCCAGAGCCAGGUCGCGCACGGCACCUUCGGCGUCGUCUACCGCGGCACCUACGACGGCCAGGACGUCGCCGUGAAGGUGUUGGACUGGGGGCAGGAGGGGCAAGAGUCGACGGCGAAGCACCGUGAAGCCUUCGAGAAGGAGGUGACCGUGUGGCAGAAGCUUGAUCACCCUAACGUCACCAAGUUCGUGGGCGCGUCGAUGGGGACGUCGCAGCUGAAGAUCCCGUCGGCGAAGGAGUCGUCACGGUCCGGCGGCGGCAGCGGCCGCGGCGGCGGCGGGCAGCGGUGCGUGGUGGUGGUGGAGUUCCAGCACGGCGGGACGCUGAAGACGCUGCUGUACAGGCACCGGGACAAGAAGCUGCCGUACAGGAAGGUGGUGCAGCUGGCGCUGGACAUGGCGAGGGGGCUGAGCUACCUGCACGGGGAGAAGAUCGUGCACCGCGACGUCAAGGCGGAGAACAUGCUGCUCGACAGGAAGAAGACGCUCAAGAUCGCCGACUUCGGGGUGGCGCGCGUCGAGGCCGGCGGCGACGGCGGCGACAUGACCGGUCAGACGGGCACCAUCGGCUACAUGGCGCCGGAGGUGCUGCAGGGCCGCCCCUACGACCACAAGUGCGACGUCUACAGCUUCGGCGUCCUCCUCUGGGAGACCUACUGCUGCGCCAUGGCCUACCCCAACUACAGCCUCGCCGACAUCUCCUACCACGUCGUCAAGCUGGGUAUCAGGCCGGACAUACCCCGCUGCUGCCCGAAGUCGCUGGCGGACAUCAUGGCGAGGUGCUGGGACGCGAACCCGGACAACCGGCCGGAGAUGUCGGAGGUGGUGGCGCUGCUGGAGAAGAUCGACACCUCGCGCGGCAAGGGCAUGACCCCCGUCCCCGAGCACGCCUCGCAGGGCUGCUCCUGCUUCGGCUUCCCCCGCGGCAGCGCGUGAUCCAGCCAGACUGCCUGCCUGCUCAACCGUCGAACACCAUGGACGGACCUGAUUUUGUUUCUGGAUCGAUCGGUCGUGAUCGAUCGAUCUGUGAAUGUUGGCUUCGAUUCUCAGCUGUGUUGUUGUUGUUCUAGCUUCCUUUUUGCUAUGCAGGAUCGAUGAUGCUGUCUUGGCGUGGAUUUUGUGAUGAAUUGUUUCAUCUUAAUUGACUGGCUACAUUGGGGAGAAAAAAAAAGGAAAAAAAGAACUGGUGUUUUUAAUUUGGAUCGUGGUAUGACCGAAUUCCGAUGCGGUCUGUCCAGUGAUUGCAAUUUCGGAACAAAUUUCAGUUAUGUC